AUGAACGGCCGCUGGGGGGAUGGUGCCCCAGUUGCCUCCUCCGUUGCUGUGCCAUCCCCACAAAGGCAGCAGGUGUGCAUAGAAGCUCGAGCAGCUGCAGCGUGGCUAUGGGUUCAGUCGGAGGUCGCGGGCGCCUUUGAACGGUUUUCAAAAGACCUUCAGGCUAUUCACAGUCGGGGCCUCAAUGCGGCGGCAGCACUUGAAAGAGAUACUGCAGGGGUGCCUGGCAGUAGGGGGGCUGCAGGUAAACCUUCAGGUGCGGGAACCGCGCGAGACGCCCUCAAUAGUCUGCUACUUCUGUGUUCCGAGGCGGGAGCGGAGGCAGAUCGCUUCUCUGCAACCCUAAGAACAGGCGUACUGAAGCCUUUAGAAGAUGCUCUACAGCCGUUGUCGCGCGCUUAUGACGCCACGGGCCCUCCAAAGGCGGCCACUCACCUGCCGACGGAAUGCGGAAGUAGCGGAGAAGUGCAGAAGGCAGCGAGGAGGCUUCAGCUUGCGGAGGAGGAACUGACGAAGGCAGAGGCAAGCUUGCAAGAGCUUCGUUCCCUGUUUGGCUCCGCUGUUAAUUCCUCGCUGGAGCAAAAGGCAGUACAGCGCAUUUCGCGCGCCUCUCGCUUGAAGGUAGCGGCUCAAGAAGCUCUUCAGCAGGCCCUCUCAUCAGACGCAUCGAGACUGCAACAAGAUCCUUCAUCCUCAGCUUCUCAUCCGCUGGCUUCGUUGGAGCUGCACGGCGGCGCUCGCCUGCUGAAGGCGGCAGAUAGCGAUGUAUGGGCGGAGGCGGAAGGUUUACGACCUGAGGAUCACCAACGCCGAAUUUCUGCCGCUGUGCUGCAUUCGAUGAGGGCUGCUGGCAAAGCAGCACUAACGGCGCAACAGAGAAGCACAGGCUUCGUGCUGCACUACGUGCGGGAUCUGCAGCUGUUCGUCGCUGCUGAAGUUGCAGCUGCUAGCGCUUCGGGAAGCUUCACUGGAGGGACAGAGCAGGACGUGCUAGGUCAGGGGACGAGCGAGGAAUUAAUCUCUCGGCUGUACAGGCAGGCAAACGGAAGCGUCGAAAAUGCCGAGCAACGCACAAACGAGGCAACCCUGAGGAACUUGCUACUGCAUCAAGAGAAACAGCUUCAGGAGGCGCUGGCGGAGCGAGAUGAGCUGCGGCAGCAGAACGAGCGGCAACGGAAGGAGGUGGAAAACCAACAGAGGGAAAUCGAGGGGCUUAAGCGGCAGCUCAAAGAAGGAGCCGGUGCCGCGGCUGGUUUGCCGUCGCCUCGGAACCCGCGGCAAAAAGUGCGGAAGCAGGUGACUAUACACCUGGGGGACUCUGAUAACGAAAACACAUGGGUUCCUUCCCAACAGGUUGCGUACCAGGGGGGGGGCCGGGGGGAGUUGCAAGGGAGGGCUGACGAGGACCUAGGCUCCUCGGAAACGGCCGUGCAGCUCCCCGCAGUCAAAGCAGGCAGUGCCGGGGGGCCCAUCCUGGGGGCCCCUGACAACAGCCCUCCCUCUGCAACGCAUGCAAACAACAAACAACCUAUAGAAAUGGUUUGGGUGGACGUACAACUGAGAUACGAGGCGUUUUUGCUGUCCCUUCGCUCCCUUCCUCUCUUGAGCACGCCUUGUACGGCGAAUGAACUGAACAGCCAAUGGAUCCAUGGGAAGCCGCCUCAGUGGAGUGCAGGUGGCGGCGAGGCGUCUGCUCCCUCUCUGUCGUCUGCACAUCUUGGUGGCAGCACUCCUCGCCGGGAGGCGGCUCAGGAGAGUAUCCACUGGGCAGACCCAAAUUUCGCUUCGUCCGUUGCAGCGGCGGUGGAGGCCGCGGCAGACGCCACUUUACCACCCUUCCUCGUGCAGUGCUGCCGCCUUGCAGCAGUUGCUGCUGCACCCGCCAGCCCUGAACGCCCAUCUCUUCGCUCUAGUGGCGCCAGCCGCAUUUCGGUGCAACAGGUUCAAGGCCAAAUGUUGUCCAGCAGGCGGCAGCAGCAGCAGCACACAAAUGAAGGGUCAGCAGCUGGGCCGUUGGAGUGGAAAGAGUCAGACCUCCAAGUUCUGGCCUACGAGCUGCUCCUGCUUGUAGCAUAUCACUACUCGCAAUACUCCGCUGCUGCGGCAUUUCUGGCUGACGAGGAAGAGAUGUUACCCUCUUCUACCACCUGCCAAAGCGCGUCUCCUGAAGAACAGUGUCCUCCCACAACCGCUGCACCAGCUGCAGCCUCUCGGGUCUGGUUGCCCCGCAAGUCGCUGGCCCGCGCUAUGUCCAUUAAGUUGGGAACAGCCGUCUGCAGCGACUCGGAAGACCAUCACCAACAGCAGCAGCAGAAGCGAUCGCCUGAAGACGCUGGGGACGUUAGUGCAGUGGACACUUCGUCGCUGCAGCAGCAGCCUUGCCAGAGCGCAGCAGCAGCGCCAGCCUCUUCUCUUCAGCUGCGGAAGCCCCGAAAGUCGUUGGCGCGUGCUAUGUCUAUAAAGUUCGCACCUCACCACGAAGAUGCUGUUGAGGCUCCUCAUCCCCAGAACCAGCAACAGCAGCAGCAGGAGCAACAGGAGCGGCGGUCAAACAGUGCUGGUGGAGGAGGGCUCCUUGCUUCUUCUUGUGCGCCGUCGCGCGCAGGAGCUAGCCCAGUCUUCUCUGGGGGCUGUCACCCUUUCUCCAUUCCUCUUGGAGAGUGGCAGCAGCAAUUUGAAUCUCGGGGCCUCUAUUCGGGUUUCUUCUCUCGCCACAACCUCAACGUCCCGAGGCAGCGGCAGCGGGCAAUGAUGCACUGGCUCAACCCCAGUCCACUGCUACAGCAAUCAAACGAGGAGGUUUUGCUGCAGCUGUUGCAGCUUGCUCGAGUUUCCUUUGAGCUGCCGAGUUCCAGCAGCAACAAGCUGCUGGCUCUGUUGGCUCCGGUAUCCGACAGUGGGUUGGGCCCAACUCGCGGCACUUGCCUUCAUCCCUGCGACCUCCGCUACCGUGUCUUCCGUUUGAUGGAGGCCUGGCGCACUGCCCUCUUCCCCACAGCUCCGCCCUCGAGGGCGUUGCCUCGCAAGCAGGAGGAGCAGCAGCGGCAGCAGCACCGCGGGCGAUUCCUCCACGGCGCUGCUGCAGCAGCCAUUGGCAAGCUCGACGCCUCCUACGGAGUAAGGGGAGCCCUCAGGAGACGCGCUGGGGAGUCCACAGCCACUUCUGCCUCUUCCUUUGUCUUUCCCGCAGGAGGGGAAAGGCGGGGAGCUGAGGGGAGGCGCAGUUCCAUUAAAUCCUUGGCGGAACAACACCGAACCUCAACCCCCUCGGGAAGUGCCAACACGCCACAGCGCCGGAAGCAACUGGCAGGCGAUUUGGGGCCUCCCGUCCUCAUACAGCUCCCCCAAACUAAACGGCGUUCCAAGCGAUCCUCUGCCUCGGCAGCAACCGCAACAGCAGCGACACCGACAGCAGCUGCGAAUAAGCAAGAAACAGCGGGAGGGAUAGACUUGUAUAUAAGGCAGGAUCCUGUCUUUCGCUCCUUCAUAGACCGCCAGCUGCAACUUCUGCACGCCGCAGCCCUGUCUCGCUGCGCCCGCCUUUUGAAGUUCUUGCUGCCCCAAGGAGCAGGAACUGAACCAGCAGCAGCAACGACAGCAACAGAAGCAGAAAAAAUCAAGCGUUCCGCCGAUUAUGCUGCGAGGCCCGUGCCAUCAACCCCGUGGAGGCCGGUUUCGAUGCAGCAGCUGUACGCCCGCGAGAAGACCCGCAGUGAUGAGGAAGCCCUCCUGUAUUUUCUGAGGUCUCUUCUGCUGUGUCAGGGAGAGACGGCUAGCACUCAAGGGUCUCCUCAGGCCCCUGCCUUCUUGCUGUACUCCAAGGAGGAGACAGCGGCAGCUAUUGCUGCAGCAGCCCAGCUGCAGCUGCUGCCUCUGCGUCUGCUGUGCUGCUUCUACCACAUAUUCGCCUACAUAUUUGCGUUACAGCAGCUGCAGCGGCAGCAGUUGUGGGGCGAAGCGGAGGCCGCGGUGGUGGUUGAGGAGGUGUCUAUACACGUUACAGACGUUGCAGGCACUCCUGCAGGCACAGGGGAGGCGGAAGCCCCUCUAACGUGGGAAGUCCGUACGGAACAGAGACAAAGAGGAGGCAUGGAGCUGCUGCAGAUGCUGGAGCAUAAUAUGUCACAGGCGGCAGCCCUUGACUCCGCUCUUCGUUGCACUUUGGCUGCCAGAGGCAACAACAACCCCACCCUGAAGCAGCUCGCCAGCGGGGCCGCUCCUUCUGUUCCUCAGGGCGAUGCGAUGCAUCCAUCGCAACGCAUGCGGAGGCAGCAGAGUCUCAAACCGCCUGCGAACCUGCUGGGUGUGCCUGAAGUGCGCAGCGACUGUGGGGAUACAGCAGAUGAAUCCGACGGGAGUCUCGUCUGGGGCUCUGACGUUGAGGGAGUGAAAGGAGUGGGAUACGGAGGGGUGGCCCCUCCUCAAGGACAGGGAGAAAGCGCGGCCCCCCUUCACUUGGGCCUUGCUGGGUGCGCUCGUCGGUCGACCUUCCGGCGGCCUACGCUGAAGGCCCUGAGGAGGCGGACGUUGCGCACCCUGGAUACGGAAUCUUCAGCUGCCCGCGCUGCUGCUGCUGUGGCUGGCGUUCUCGACGGAGUUGAGCAAAAGCAGCAACUCUUGUGUCUACCUAGGGAGUUUCACCUAAGCGCCUACUGGUGCAUCGAUGUCCCUCUGCUGCUGUCCCUGCUUCUGCUGCUGGCGCGUUGCUGCACCGACUCCACCACUGCUAAUGGCCUGCAGCUAGGCGCUCCCUCCCUGGUGCAGGGGCUACUACUAGUGGCCCACGCAUCCCAAGUGGGAACCGAUCCUACCUGCCCGUCAGCAGAAGACCACACUGGCAGCAGCAGCAACAGCAACAAUGCCUCACUGCUUUUGCAGGCAUGCAGAGCAGGCAGCGGUUUCCCUGGAAUUUCUCUUGACUCUGUCUCGCUGCUUGUUGCUGCGUGCGUCUGGGCCACCGGCAUCAAAGUAUCCCCGAGCGUACGCCAACAGCAGCAGCAACACCAGCAACAGCAGCAGGUGACUCCCAGUCCAGCACGUACGGGGGAGUCGGCAGACUUCGGGCAACAGACUAGGGGCUCCUCUCAGGCCGGUGUCAUUGUGACUGAAAAGCCACCGGUUUCUUCCAUUUCCUUGGUGGAGCAGCAGCAGAAGCGGCAGUUGAUACAGCAGCUGACAUCUGUCUCCGUUUGCAUUGUGGAGCCUGCUCGAGUGGAGGUUGUCUCUUCUGCCUUGGAACUGCUACGGGACCUGAACGGCUUUCUCAAGAAACCUUCGGCACAGUGGGCGGAGGGAAAUGCAGAGGAAAUUGGGUGGGCGCUUGGCGGCAGCAAGAAGAAUGCAACCGUGGAGCAAAAGGGAGAGACUGCUGCGUCUGCUGCCGCAGGUGCGGCGCUCCCUGUUGCUCUACCUGCUUCUUCAACUGGUGGGGUGGAUUCGCUUUCUGCUUGCCUGCCAGCUACCCUUGCCGCCGGGCCUGCAGGUUUCGGGGCUUUAAUGAAGCAGGAGGCGGCCAAAGAAGGACUGAGCUCUGUUGCAAGAGAUGACAAGGGGGGCGGAAGCGGCGUGGAGUUAGUGGAGCUGCUACCCCAAGUGCGAGGGGAACGGCUGCUGCUGCGUAUCCGAGCGUCGUUGCUACAGCAGGAGGAGGAAAUCGAUGGAGGCCUCACGAUAGAACCAGCGCCCACAUUUGCGGGCUUGCUGAUGAACAAGCGGUGGCUGGGGGCCGACUGGUGGGUCAGCCAGGGCGAAGGAAAUGGAGACAGGUGCCAGCGAGCCCUUCGCAAGAGCCAGUGGGCCGCGUGCUGCUACGGGCUGUCCGCUCUGCUACCUUCCCGCGUUGAGUUGCAGCAGCAGGAGGUUUCUGCGCUGCAGCUUCUGGGGUCAGGAUUUCUUCUUCAGCUGCAGGAGCAGCUCCAAGACUACAGACGCCAUUUCGAGCCCCAGGCCCUUUCGUUGGCCCUUGCGCUGUGGGUACGCCUCGCGCAGCGGCUUGUGCUGCUGCCGUCUGCUACCCAGGAGCGGCAGCAGCAGCCACAGCCGCAGCAGCACCAGCAUUGGAACAAGUUGGAUGGCGGUUCUCUUUCCGAGAUGGGGACGCGAACUCUCGGUGUGAGCAGUGAAGCAUUUAGUGACUGGUCGAGGCAUACACAAGAGGCACUUCAGGCAGCGGUGGACUCCGGAUUUGGCCUUGGCCGACGAAAGAGCAGCAGAGAGAGGGGCGAGGCUUUGUGUGGGGAGGAUGGAGAGAGAGACGGCCUGGAGGAGAACGUGUGGGUGUGGGGCCUGCCCCAGAUCCUACGUGGUCCUUCUCCGCUCCAUGACAUGCUGCGUUGUUUCGUCUACCGCUCGCUGUCUGCUGCAGCGGGCAGGGUGUUGGGCCCGCCAGUUGCCGCGCUGCUGCAGCUGGCGAGAGAAGAGGGCCCAAGUGUAGGCGGAGGAGGUGGAGCAGGUGGCAACGCCGCGACACAGGGGGGUUGGGGGGAGCGUGGUGUAGAGGAUCAGGAGACACGGCAGGCGCCUACCUCCUCAGCCCCUGAUGCGGAGACGAGAGACGCAGAGACAGAAGUAGAGACAGAGACAGACAGAGUUCUGUGUUCGUUGGCUCAAGGCAUCAACAGCCUCUACAGCCAUGUGCAGUCCGAACUGCUUCUCUACGCCCCGGUCUUCGCUCCGCUGCUGCCGCUAAGAGGGGAGCAGCCGCUGUUGGUCUUAGCUGCUGCGAAGGCGGUGCUGCUGACGGUCCUUCCCCUUGUCUCUCGCUGCGCCGACAUGGCUGCUGCAGACCCCGAGCGGAAGGGACUUCCGGCCAAAGGAGGACGGGCCCUCUUAGCCGCACUCGCCACAUUUGAACGCCUCGCAGACCAAGUUUGUUUUGGGGAGGUUUUGUGUGUCUCCUUUCCGCGCGACUCUCCUCUGGAGCAGCAGGGCCUGCUGUCAGUUGUGGCCCCUCAGCUGUUUGCUUCCUUUUCGCUGCAUCUCAGCGGGCUGACGGAUCUGCUCUCGCAGGCUUUCCUCAGAGACGUUUACCUCCCAGCCAACCCGCCCCACGCUGUCUACAGCGAGAAGGCCAUAGACGGGUGGUGCUGCAUUUACGGGGUACUGGAGGCGGCCCUCGAUUCCUUCCUGCCCCUCCCGUGGCUAAUCCCUCGGUUGCUGCAGUUUGUUUCGGAAUUGCUGGCGGCCCUCAUCCGAAGCCUGACGGACCCGUGCAUCUCCCAAAGCGAAGGCCCGGGGGAGUGGGGCGGCCGUCCGCUGCUGCCGCUCCUGGCUCUGCGGCAGCUACAGAAGAACUAUUUCAGGGGAUUGCUAGAGGCCGGCGGGAGGAAAGCUGCUCUCUCCGCAUCUCCCUUCGUUGCGCACUUUCUCACGCUACAGCGGACGGCGGAGGAACGCACUCGAAAGCAACGCAGGAAGUCCAAGGGCUGGAGAGACCGAAUGACCCAGCUUGUAGGCGGCUGGGAGGAGGACAAAGUGCAGCACGGUUUGCAACGAGCAGGUUCGGCGUAUCUCUCUGGAAUAGAGGACGACAACAGCGGGGACAGCUCUGACCUGCAGCAGGAAGGGGGGGGGCCUGCUGAGCAAGGAAGAGGGGCCCUCAGGGCCCUCCCAUCCCGGCCGGUGGAGGAGGAUAAGGGUCGCUCUCGGUCUGUAUUUCGUCUCAUCUUUGGACCCAACGACAGCAGGGAGUCCUCGGCAAUGCGUGGAGGGGCCUCGGUACGCGGCGAGGUCGAGGGCGGGGGGGUUGGCGGUGGCCCAACGGCCUUGGGCCCCCCUCGUGUCUUUGGGUCUGGUUUGGAACGCCUUUCUCCAGCUGUAUGUCAGCUGCUGUCCGCUGUUGAUGCCCUGACGGACUGGGAGGCUCUGCGCCAGAAGGCGGCGUUGAGUGGAGGCCAACGGCCUACCAGCGGUCUGCAACGGUGGCUGGUCCGGCUGCACAUUGCUGCUUUAUACCUGCAACGGCUGCCGAAACUGCGCGAGAAGCUUCUGAAGGACCUCGAAAAGAGAAUCCUCGCACGCUCCCCCAAAGACGUCGAGGUGGUGCAGCAGUUGCGCUUGCUGCAAGAACGGGGAGGCACAGUGGGCGGCACAGCAGCAGCAGCACAGGGAAAGCAACCCAGCGACUUGCUGAUGCUGCGGCAGCAAGAGGAACUUGCAGACCUCAGCGCAGCUGUCGAUGAAGCCCUGGAAGGACUUAGUCAAAAACUCACCGAGACCGCCAAGGAACUGUGCAGGCAGACAGUAGAGGCAUUCUUUUGUGCUGCUCCGUUGGAGUGGCAAGACGAACUCGCGUCGGCUGUCUUGCGCUGUCUAGUGGAGGCCUGGUGUCUGCUGCUGGCAGAUUGGGGUUAUGGAGGCCACUGCUACGAGGCAAGCGAACUGGAGGUUCUGGAGGCAGAUCUUGACUCUCUGCGUCAGUAUGCAGCAGACAACGAAGUGUCUCUCGGGGACGACGGAGAAAUGUUGGAUCGCGUGAACGAUUUCUUAGUGAUGCUGGACGCCGAAGGCCGCUGCCUUGCUGCUGCAGAGCAGCUGGCGCGCCAGCAGCAGGAGUCGCCGCAGCAGGAGCUUUCUGGGGAUUCUCUAGACAGGAAUGGAAAAACGUAA